UCUUUCUCAAAAUAAAUAAACUUAAAAAAAAAAAGAAAAGCUGAAAAAAUAAUAUAACAGGCACCCAUAGAUCCUUCAUUAGAUUUGCCAACUUUCAACUUUUUGCUACAUUUUUUUGUUUCUUUGCCUCUAAUUAUAGCCUUCCCACACACUUGCAUAUGCACACACACAAGUGUGUGUGUAUAUAGGCACACACAUAUUAUUUACAUACAUACAUAUAUUAUUUUUUCAUUUGUGAACUAUUUGAAAAGAUUUAGACAUCAUGACAAUUUACCCCUUAAUGCAUUACUUAAGAGUAAAAAUAUGUUUCUACCUAACCAUAAUACCUCCAUCAUGCCUUGAAACAUCAAUAGUUCUUCCAAAUUAUGAAGUAAUAUCUAAUCUAUAUCCAUAUUUCCACAACUGCCCUCAAUAUAUACUCUUUUGUGUUUUUUAAAUACAGCAUUAAAUCAAGUUCAUUCACUCAUUGCAGUUGGCUGUUUUGUUUCUUCAGUCUUUUUUUUUUUUUUUUUACCUAGAACAGUCCUGCCACCAUACCCUACCCCACUUUCUCUCUUGACAUUGAAACUUUUCAAGUCUACGUCACUUGAAAACUUUCUGUUUGUUUUCAAAUGUGCACAACUGUGCUUGAUUUUACAGGCUUAUGUUACACAAUUAUUAUAGGUUUGCAGGAGUGCAUAUAUCAGCAACUGUAACAAAUUUUCAUUUUUGCCUAUUGGUUAAUAAAAGCAAGUGGCUGGAUCUCCAGUUGGGCACCAGAUGUUUUUACUGAGGGAGGAAAAAAAAGCAUUAAGAGCUUUUAAAUCUUACACUAUUGCUUUGAUCAUAGAAGAAACAAUACUGACAUUUCGUUCUCCAAAGUGUGUUGUGAGGGUUUUCCUUGAUAUUGACACAAUAUAUUCUUCAAUGAAUCAGUUAGUAUAGAACCAGUUUAAAAGACCUGAAAAGGGAGUGACAGCCAAGAAGGAUAUUUUGAAGUUUGAAAUGAUCCCUAUAUAAAUAGAACGGAUCAGCAUAACUUUGGGAUAAAAUUAGCCGACAGUUUGUGGGCUCUCGCUUGUGCCUGUUUGCUUGGUGCUACUCUCCUGAUAAAUCACAACAAAGCUUCCAGAGGGAGAGGAAGGAUGGAGGGCACCAACACCCCUGUCACUAAAUCUGCAGCUGCCAAGUUAGUUAAGAGAAAUUUCCUUGAGGCUCUAAAGUCAAAUGACUUCGGAAAAUUGAAGGCCAUUUUAAUCCAAAGGCAAAUAGAUGUGGACACAGUUUUUGAAGUUGAAGAUGAGAAUAUGGUUUUGGCAUCUUAUAAACAAGGUUAUUGGCUGCCUAGUUAUAAAUUAAAGUCUUCCUGGGCAACAGGCCUGCAUCUCUCUGUCUUGUUUGGUCAUGUGGAGUGUCUUCUGGUGUUACUGGACCACAAUGCUACAAUCAACUGUAGACCCAAUGGGAAAACCCCCCUUCAUGUGGCUUGUGAAAUGGCCAACUUGGAUUGUGUUAAAAUCCUCUGUGACCGUGGAGCAAAGCUGAAUUGCUACUCCUUAAGUGGACACACAGCUUUACACUUCUGUACAACUCCUAGCUCCAUUCUCUGUGCCAAGCAAUUGGUUUGGAGAGGGGCCAACGUGAACAUGAAGACGAACAACCAGGAUGAGGAGACGCCCUUGCACACAGCUGCCCACUUCGGCCUCCCUGAGCUGGUGGCCUUCUACGUGGAGCACGGUGCCAUCGUGGACAGUGUGAACGCCCACAUGGAGACCCCGCUGGCUAUCGCCACCUACUGGGCCCUCCGCUUUAAAGAGCAGGAGUACAGCAGGGACCACCACCUCAUCUGCCGCAUGCUGCUGGACUACAAAGCUGAGGUCAACGCCAGGGAUGACGACUUCAAAUCUCCCCUGCACAAGGCAGCCUGGAACUGUGACCACGUGCUCAUGCACAUGAUGCUGGAGGCUGGUGCGGAAGCCAAUCUCAUGGAUAUCAAUGGCUGUGCUGCCAUUCAGUAUGUGCUGAAGGUCACCUCUGUGCGCCCAGCUGCCCAGCCUGAGAUCUGCUACCAACUGCUGUUGAACCAUGGGGCUGCUCGAAUAUACCCUCCACAGUUCCACAAGGUGAUACAGGCCUGCCAUUCUUGUCCCAAAGCAAUCGAAGUUGUAGUCAAUGCCUAUGAACACAUCAGGUGGAACGUGAAGUGGAAAAGAGCCAUCCCAGAUGAUGACUUGGAGAGAUACUGGGAUUUUUACCACUCUCUCUUCACUGUGUGCAGUAACUCUCCGAGGACUCUCAUGCAUUUAUCGAGAUGCGCCAUUCGAAGAACGUUGCACAACAGAUGUCACAGAGCAAUUCCUUUGCUUUCCCUCCCAUUGUCAUUGAAAAAGUACUUGCUUUUAGAGCCAGAGGGAAUCAUUUAUUAAGCCUUACGAGACAGAAGUUCCCAAUCCUAGAUAUUUAAGUGGACUCACCGGGUAGACACAGUUUGCAUAAAUAAAACGGUACUUGGGUUGAUUAUAACACUUCAGGGAUUUCAAAACACUUUACAAACUCCAUGUCAUUAAUCCUAGGGUAUCAUGGUGAGGGGAAAUAAACAAGAAGUAAAGUUAAGGAAUUCUCAAAGACAAGAAUGGAUCCAGAAGGUACCGACAACAGUGAUAACUAGUGUGUAUAGUGUUUUUACUUGGUGCCUGAUACAUUUUUGUAAAACUUUUCAUAUAUCAUCUCAAUUGAAAUGGGACCCAGGUUUUCUUACAACCAAUCUCGUUCUCUCCCUUGUCAGUAAUAAGUUUACAUUACUGUCGAGUUAGCAAAAUCAUAGGCUUUUGUGACUGGCCUCUUAAUCUCGGUGUCUCCCCCCACCCUCCCUCCUGCCACCGUAACCACUUAGCAGAGAGUACUGUCACUAGUUUUGCAAACUCCGAUCCCCACUCUAAGCUCUUUAACUUAUUUCUUGGUGAAGAGAGCACAUGAGCAUAGUCAAAACAAGGAGAUUUUGAGUUAAAUUUGAAACGAAAAGCAAAAUCUACUUAAUAGUCAAAAAAUGGACAUUUCAACCCAUGCUUAUUGAGCCAGAGACUGGAGAAGCAAAGAUGAGUGUAAGGUGAGGACUCCUGCCCUCCAGAAUCUCACCGCUUAGCAGAGCAUCCGGACAUACGAGCAGGGAACUGCAGUGUCAGAUGUCAGGGGCAAGAGUACAGGUGCAGACUCAUUUUUAGCGCUUGUCUUUCAAAGUCGUGUUUCUGACCCGAAGUGUGGUUUUCCUUUGAAGCAUGAAUAUUAAGAGUGAAGGGACUGUGUGACGUAAAGGGAGCUCCUGCUGCUGUUAGUGUAAAUGUAUUCACUUUCAGUUUCUCCCAACAUCUAGAAACUUUUUUUUUUUAUUUUAGUAGGACUUCCUGUUCAGUGCUCCCCUCGGGAAAAAUAUUGCACACUCAGUGGCUCCCCUGUAUGCCACAAGAAAAUUUACUAAAAAGUGUACCAGAAAGUGUGUGAAGGGAAGAACUUAAGUUGGUUACUUGGCCUCAUUGUGUACUACCCUGACAUUUCAGAGCAUCUUAGCUGGAAGAUGAGGAACGCUUUGCUAGCAAUGGCUGGCUACAGAAAGCAAAUCGAGAGACUUUUUGAAAACGGUAAAACUUUGAAAGACUUGGAAAGAGAAGUAUGCCAAUCAGGCUUGUUAGUUAGCGGUUUGCAGAAAGUGAAAUAUAGUUAUUAACCUCUGGACCUCAGGGUUUGUGAGGCCAAGUUCGCUUCACUUUUUUGUUCUUGCUAAUCAUUUUCAGACAAGACCAUUGCCUCUUAGCACCAUUUUUUUAGAGGUUAGAGCAGAAGUAAUUAAGCACAAACAAAUCCGUUUGCCAGUUGUGGGCAGGUUUCUUUUAUUUGUGUGGUUCUUCAUCUUAUUUAACUUUAGAUGCUUGAGUUUUGAGUAGAGAUGAUGUCACAUAUUCCGCGAGCCCACCACCUAGACUGUGCUUGUAGACUGGGAUUUUCAUACGCCCUGAGCUCUGUAGGAAAAAUCAUGAGUAGGUGCAAUAACCUUUCUGGUUUUCUUCAGUUUUACUCAAAUAUUUUGAGAGGACUGUUCUGGACUAAAACAAGAUCUAUACAUUGUGGAAUAGGUUGCUGAAUUUGUAUAAACUAGUCAUGUGAAACAUGGUCCUUCAGAAAAUGGUUUGCUUGCACCAAGGGGUGCUGGGGGGAGACACAUGUUGCCCUCACCUUCAGGAAUAUCUGGCCAAAACAUUUGUGAUGCACUGUCUUUGUCAAUAAAACUUAAUGCUGAGGGCAAGGGGAGAGGAUAUUCCUUGCAUUAGAAAACAUUUCUCAAUCUGCUUGCUUGUACUUAAACAUUUUAUGUUAAUUAGCACAUAAUACAAGCCUACUUGUUUUGAAUUGUUUACUCGUACAUUUAAAAGUUAUUUCUCCUCAUCUCUGAACUUUUAUUUAGAGGACUUAAAUAAAGCCCUCGUUUCCUUUCA